AUGGCCGACGAGAACUACGAGGACGAUAUCUUUGACGAUCUUUAUGACGAUGAGCCCACGUCGCAACAAGCCCCAGCGGCAUCUGCACCUGCUCCCAAAGCCGAGCCAGAGCCAGCACCAACCGAAUCUGCGAGCGCGCCACCUCAGGAUGCUACUCAGAAUCACAACCAAAAUGCUGAAGCAUCUUGGGCAGCCCAAGGUGCGGCAGGCGAGGACACACAGAUGGGCCAAUCUGGCUUCAAUGCCGGAGGCGAACAGUCCUUUGAUAACGCACCUGCGGAAGAUGACAACUAUGGACCUAUAAACGUAAAAGAAGACGGCAAGAUGUUCAUCGGAGGUCUGAACUGGGAGACUACUGAAGAUUCCCUUAAGGGCUAUUUCUCACAAUUUGGUGAGGUCAGCGAGUGCACUGUCAUGCGCGAUUCUGCCACUGGCCGAUCUCGAGGUUUUGGCUUCCUCACCUUCAAGGACCCCAAAUGCGUCAACAUCGUCAUGGUCAAAGAGCACUAUCUAGACGGCAAGAUCAUUGACCCAAAGCGGGCUAUUCCUCGUGAAGAACAAGAGCGAACCAGCAAGAUCUUUGUUGGCGGCGUUAGCCAAGAAGCAACAGAGGAAGAUUUUACAAACUUUUUCAAGCAAUUUGGCCGUGUCGUCGAUGCUACACUCAUGAUGGACAAGGAAACGGGCCGCCCUCGUGGCUUCGGUUUCGUUACCUUUGACGGCGAUGCGGCAGUAGAUGCUACACUACGCGGCCCACUUCAGAUUCUCGGCAAGCAAAUCGAAGUCAAGCGCGCCCAGCCUCGCGGAAACAUGCGCGACGACGAUGGGGGUGAUGGAAACAAGAAGUUCGGUCGCGGCAACAAGAUCAACAAGUUCAACGAUGGCGGAAAUGGUGGUCAGGGUGGAGGGAACGGCUAUGAGAACGGGGGAGGAAACAUGCAAGCACAAGGCAGCAACACUGCCAUGUCUCCGGCUAUGAUGGCCCAGUACUGGCAGCGGAUGCAGCAAUACUUUCAAUCUAUGCAGCAAACGCUCGCUCAACAACAGGCCGGUGGUGGUAUGCCGGGUAACCCCAUGGGUGGAAUGGGCGGCAUGAACCCGAUGCAGAUGCAGCAGAUGCAACAGCAGAUGAUGAACCAAGGCAUGAACCGUGGCACUGGCUCGCCAAACCCACAGAUGAUGGGUGGCCCUGGCGGCAUGAAUCCGAUGCAAAUGCAGCAGAUGCAAAUGCAACAGAUGCAACAGAUGCAAGGUGGAGGUGGCCCAGGCGGACCCGGAGGCCCAGGCAUGAUGAAUGCUCAAGGCGGACAAAACGCCGGUCCUCGCCCAGCAUACACGGCACAAGACCAGCUGGCUUUUGAACAGCAAAAAUACGAGCAACAGCAAGCUCGUCGCCAGCAACAACUUUCUGGCCCCGCGGGCUACGGCGCGGCACAGGGCGGCGGCCCAGCAAGUUGGGACGGCAUGUACGACGACGCACCUCCGCCCAACGUCCCCUCUGGACCUAGUGGCGGCCGUGGCGGUGGUGGCUUCAGAAACAACCGCUCUCGUCAGGGGUCCAGCCAACCUCCUUCUGGCGGCGGUCAGGCUCCCAUCAAUGCUCCCACUGGUCCUAAGAACGCUGGUGUCCGCGGCGCCAAUUACCGUGGCGGAGGCCACCGUGGAGGCGGCGGCUUCAGACACCAACCGUAUGGUGGCCGUGGCGGUUAA